CUCCCUAAACUUUCUCUCUUUGAAAUUUCGUCUCUGGAGAGUUGAAAAGACCAAAUCUUUAUAAACAAAUUGAAAUUUGAAGCGAAAACCCAAAAGCCACAGACAUUAACCUUACUAGAUCGACUGAAUUCUCCAUAGAAACGGCCGGGACAUCAAAAUCCGGCCACGGGAGGCAUGGAGUCCAGUUUAACCCCUUGACAAUCCCAAAUUGUGCAGAAGACCCGAAGCUCGCACUGUCUUUCUUCACUUAAGUCCCUUCAAUGGCUGCCACUAACGCCACCGCGACAACGACUAACGCGACGGUGGACUCAGCGGUGUCGGCGGACGAGUUGGCGGCGAAAGCAGUAAAUAAGAGGUACGAGGGGCUUGUGAUGGUCCGUACGAAGGCGAUAAAGGGAAAAGGAGCGUGGUACUGGGCGCACUUGGAGCCUAUUUUGGUUCAAAACCCCGAUACUGGCCUCCCUAAGGCGGUUAAGCUCCGGUGCUCCUUAUGCGACGCCGUCUUCUCCGCCUCUAACCCUUCUCGGACAGCCUCGGAGCACCUGAAACGAGGGACUUGCCCCAAAUUCAAUUCAUUGCCUAAACCCAUCUCUCCAAUCUCUCCCUCGGGACUCGCUUCACCCUCCCAAACAACAACGACUACACCUCAGCAUAACCACCGAAAACGAAACUCCUUUUCUGUCGCCGCGACUUCCGGUAGUGGUGGUGGUGGUGGUGUUUCGUCAUACCAAGCAGCAACUCCUCUGGCGAUUGUGGACCCCACCAGAUUCUGCGGAGAGUUGACGACUUACUCCUCGUCUGCCUCUGCGGCUGUAACUGUUAUGGCGCCGCCGCCGCAUCAUCAGCUCCAGCAGCAUUUGGUUUUGUCGGGUGGGAAAGAGGAUUUAGGGGCGUUAGCGAUGUUGGAGGACAGUGUAAAGAAGCUCAAGAGUCCGAAAACAUCUCCUGGGCCGGCUUUGAGCAAGACACAGAUAGAUUAUGCGUUAGAUUGUCUCGCUGACUGGGUCUAUGAGUGUUGCGGUUCUGUCUCGUUUUCGAGUCUCCAGCAUCUCAAAUUCAGGAUGUUCCUUAAUCAAGUGGGGAUGCCGGCUGUGUCAAGAAGAGAUUUUGCUGGGAAUAGAUUGGACUUGAAGUACGAGGAAGCUAAGGCUGAAUCGGAAGCUAGGAUUCGAGAUGCCAUGUUCUUUCAAAUCGCGAGUGAUGGGUGGAAGGAGAAAGAUUACGAGAGUUCUGGGGAGCUGAAUUUGGUUAAUUUGACUGUGAAUUUGCCAAAUGGGACUAGCUUGUACAGGAGAGCUGUGCUUGUUGGUAAUUCUGUGCCUUCCAAGUAUGCAGAGGAGGUUUUGUGGGAGGCAAUAACCGGCAUUUGUGGAAAUGCUGUUCAGCAAUGUGUAGGGAUUGUUGCAGACAGGUUUAAGGUUAAGGCGUUGAAGAAUUUAGAGAGUCAGCAUAACUGGAUGAUUAAUCUAUCUUGCCAGUAUCAAGGGUUCAAUAGUUUGAUCAAGGGUUUUAGCAAGGAGCUUCCUUUGUUUAAGUCUGUAACAGAGAAUUGUUUUAAGCUCGCGACUUUUGUGAAUAACAAGAAUCAAGUAAGGAAUUGUUUUCAUAAGUAUCAGUUGCAGGAGUAUGGAUAUGCUGGAUUGCUCAGAAUACCUCGUUACUGCGACAGAGUCCAUUUUGGACCCGUUUAUGUAAUGCUUGAGGAUAUACUGAGCUCCGCACGAGCAUUGCAGUUGGUUUUGCUUGAUGAAUCAUACAAGGUUGUGUCCAUGGAGGACCCAACUGCGAGGGAGGUUGCUGAGAUGAUAAGGGAUGCUGGGUUUUGGAAUGAAAUGGAAGCAGUGCAUUGUUUGGUGAGACUGAUCAAGGAUAUGGCUCAAGAGAUUGAGACAGAGAGGCCAUUAAUUGGGCAAUGCCUGCCAAUUUGGGAUGAUCUCAGAUCGAAAGUUAAGGACUGGUGUGCCAAAUUUCACGUUGGGGAAGGACCGGUGGAGAAAGUGAUGGAAAGUCGGUUCAGGAAGAAUUACCAUCCUGCUUGGGCAGCUGCAUAUAUACUCGAUCCCCUUUAUUUGAUUAGGGACACCAGUGGGAAGUUCCUUCCUCCUUUCAAAUACUUGACGCCUGAGCAGGACAAGGAUGUCGACAAGCUAAUAACCCGACUGGUAUCGAGGGAGGAGGCACACAUUGCUUUGAUGGAACUAAUGAAAUGGAGAACAGAAGGGCUCGAUCCAGUUUAUGCGAGAGCUGUACAGAUGAAGGAGAGGGACCCCAUUUCUGGAAAGAUGAAAAUCGCUAAUCCCCAGAGCAGUAGGCUUGUGUGGGAGACCUAUCUUACCGAGUUCAAAUCCUUAGGGAAAGUUGCUGUCAGGCUUAUAUUUCUAAAUGCAACAUCAUGUGGAUUCAAAUGUAAUUCGUCUUUAUUGAGAUGGUUGGGCAGCCAUGGGCACUCAAGGGCAGCAAUGGAGAGAGUUCAGAAAUUGAUAUUCAUUGCUGCUCAUUUGAAGAUUGAUAGGCGAGACUUCUCCAGUGACGAAGAUAAGGACGCAGAGCUGUUCGCGAUGGCAAACGGUGAGGAUGAUGUGUUAAACGAUGUUCUUGCUGAUACAUCCUCGGUGUAACUUCAUUUUUCAUUUUUUUUUGGUAGACCUUAGAAAACUUAAUUUGUAGGAUUUAUUGAAUUCUUUGAACUGCUCUUUGUAUUUUGAACUUCUUUGCCUUAAGCUUUAGAAGAUUUUUUGGCAGUACAAGUGUGAGAAAAAAGUUCAACAUUGAUCACAUAUUCAAUUUUGUAUCUCCAAGGCCUCAUGAUUUAAGCAACUGCCCAUCUUUCAGCCUAGAACGACUUCAUAGUUUCAGGAUUUGGCGGAAAAGAUGAUCUUCUUGUUUGUAAGUACAGGGAAUGCUGCAUUAAUCUAUUGAUUCUCCUUGUUGAUUUUAAGUACCGACGACUACUCUUACCUUUU